CAUAUAUCAAAGGUGUAAAAAUUGUAUGAAAAAUCAUCGCCACACGAAGAUGCACGAGUGUCAGCCGAAUACUUCCGAAGAAAAGUAUUAGGAAGCUAAUAUAAAUUAAAAAUAAUAGCGAACGCGUUCUUCGUGCGAACGAGUGUGAAUUCUAGUUAAAUUAUGAACGUCGAUAAUAACGAGACGAGAUGGAAUAUUUAAACACAACCGAAUUAGAUAAUUAUUGUGAUUAUACUGUCCCGCUGAAUACCACCUACGACAGCUACAGUAUCGCCGAUCUUAACGUCGUCUACGCCGUUUGCGAGAUUCUCGUCGCAGUCUGUGCAGUCUUUGGCAACGGACUGGUCAUCCUGGUCUUUGCCAGAGAACGGAAGCUUCGCAGACGCACCAAUUACUACAUCAUCUCCUUGGCGACUGCUGACCUAUUAGUUGGCCUCUUUGCUAUACCAUUUGCCAUUUUGGCCAGUAUCGGACUACCUACUAAUUUACACGCCUGUCUAUUCACCGUGUCGGUUCUAGUUGUACUCUGUACCAUCAGCAUCUUCUGUCUGGUGGCUGUAUCCGUGGACCGGUACUGGGCCAUACUUCAUCCUAUGGGAUAUUCUCGUACCGUGCGCACCAAGACUGCGAUAGGUAUAAUUUGCGUUUGUUGGGUGGCUGGUACUCUCGUAGGUUUUCUACCACUCCUGGGAUGGAACGCAGGCAAGAAGUCCGACGAAAAGUGCAUUUUCACUGAAGUCAUGGAUUACGAUUAUCUUGUCUUCCUUUAUUUUGCCACCAUUAUCUUCCCGGCACUUUUGAUAGCUGCUUUUUACGCUCAUAUAUACAGGGUGGUCCUGAAACAGUUGCAGCAAAUAGUGACAAUGAAUCCAGGACGUCACACGGAAAAUCAAACUACCGGAACGAUGCUACGUCUGUUGGGUGCAGCGCAGAAGCGGGAAGUCAAGGCAACUCAAAAUCUCUCCCGGAUCGUAAUAUUCUUCAUAAUCUGUUGGUUUCCAUUGUACACAAUCAAUUGCGUCGAAGCCUUCUGUCCGGAUUGCAAGGUCAACGACGUCUUCCUGAACUUCUGUAUAAUACUGUCGCAUCUAAACUCCGUGGGGAAUCCCCUGCUUUACGCGUAUCACCUCAAAGACUUCCGGGCAGCCCUGAAGAACUUCAUGUACAAAUUACUCUUCCCGAAUAGCGACAUCAAAGCCAGCGUCGUCAGCGUCGUCCACGAGAGACCAUCCGUGGGUUCUCAGCACAAUGUGCAUCAGGUUUCACUGCCCUUGUCCUUCGGUGGCUACAAGCCUACUAUGCAGAGGAUUUCAGAUAUCAGGAAUGCCGCCACGUCUGUCUCCAGGAACUCGACGAUUUGCCGACGGGAGGAUGCGAAUGCUGCUACGGAAUCUUCGCCAAGUGAUCUUAGUGACAGACAAAAAAUAAAGGCCAGUAACGUCAGUACCAAUAGCAGUGAAUUUAAUCAGAAUGAGAAUCUUACAACAAAUAUUCAAAGUGAUUGUGGUACCUCGGGACCGGUGACACCCUCCAAGCCAUCCCCGUCCAUGGAACUCCAAAUAUACAGAGCGCCCUUUGGCCAGCUCCUCCAGGAGAGGAUCGAGGGGAAUCCCAGCACGGGAGGAGAUACCUCGUCAGAGUCCGUUUUCGUGAUAGAGGCAGACAUCAACCGCACGGCGUCCUCCAGGGAACGUCUCACGUCGGAACAGAUCACACAGGAUGACGAGAACGAACGUGAGGACUGAUAUGUAGGAAAUAUUAAAAGACGGAGAACUCAUCCUCUGGGAAAACAUAUCAGAUGGCAUCUUGUUUACAUUGGCAGAUUCAAUAUUUCCUUUUCUUCUAGAAUCCGUUAUUUUAUUUUUUGAAUAUGGUACACUACGUGGUACAAACGAGAGUUUUCUUUUUCAUACUGCUGAUCAAGACUGUACAAACUACUGACUGAUAAAUAUUGCUGAUGUUUCUUUUAAUGCAUAUAUAAUUAAUUGUAUAGUAUAUGUAACAGAUAAUAAUAGGAUUUAAAGCUCAAAUUUCUCGACUCAUUGGAGAAGAAGAAAAAAGAAAAGAUCUGGAUAUACUUGAUGUAAGAGUAUAUACGGCAUAUAGCUAUCAAAUAAAUUAAUGCAUGAGUGUAUGUCUGUUAUCCUUUAUUUAAUAAUUUAAUAUAAGUAUUGCUCUUAGCUACGUGCUAGUCAACCUGUAAAAUUUCCAAUCGUCCAUAAACGAGAGGAUACGAUAAUGCGGUAGUAGCGCAUUCUACAGGAUGCAGUCGUAAAUUGAUUAGGCAUCGUUCCAAAGGUGAAGAUCAAAAUAAAGUAAAUCAGCAAUUACA